AUGAAUCUUUCAGAGUCCAAGAUGCCUUUGGUGGAGAAUGAAGACUUGAAUAAGUCUGAUUUCGGAUACGACAACGAAGGCUGUUCUUCUGGUUAUGAAUCGGCUACAGAACAAUCUAGUGCCGACACUGACAGAGAGUCCGAUACAUCAAUCUCCGAAUUCAACAAUGACGAACUACCAGCUGCUGAACCGGAAGUGAUGAAAUACAGGAGUACUCAGGAACUCUGCAACACCCUCCAGUGCAUCAUCUCACUUCCGGACCUCUGUGACGUCAUGUUCCUCGUCGGAGAAAAGCGUGUUCCAAUUUACGGCAUGAAAGCGAUUUUAGCCACACGAAGCCGAGUUUUCUACAACCUCAUCCUUGAUGCUCAGCGACAAUUACCUUCGUCUAAGAAGUCUAAAAAGAAGAGCAAAGAGAACUCAACUCCUUCCAACCAUAUUGUGAUCGAAAUCAGAAACUACCAGCCUGAUGACUUCAGAGAACUCAUUACUUUUGUCCAUUGUGGGAAAGUCAACAUUAAUACUUCCAAUGUAACAGGACUUUAUUGUGGAGCAUCAGAGUUUGAUCUCACUGACUUAAAGAUUGCCUGCCGAGACUUCACAACAAGGACCAUCAGGAAGGGCAACGCGUCGGCCAUCUUGAAAUCAACGAAGUUCUAUCUCGCUCAUCACCGUGCUGCAGCAAAAUUCAUCGAAAAGAUUCACGGAUAUCAGAGAUCCAUCAACGGAUGA